ACGGAAGUCAAGGUUUGUGCAGCGACCUUGAAGAGCGCUGCGGCAUCAAGGUGCAUCUGCGACACUUUAAUGGGCAGGAACGCGGAAAUGGUCCCGGUGCUGGCGGACUAAGAAAUGGGCUCCGAGCCUCGGAAGCCAUGGCUCGUUCCACCGACAGCCGCGACGAGGACGUACAAUCCCGGCUGGGAGACGCGGUGGAGCCCCGGAAUGUGUCCCUGGAGGAGGUGCUCAGGUCCUACGAGCAGCCCAUCAACGAGGAGCAGGCUUGGGCGCUGAGCUUCCAGUGCUGUCGCCACCUCGCCGACAUGCACCCGCCCGUCGCCACUCAGGUUCUCGAACUGUCCGCCAUCCUCGUCCACAGAGACGGGAGCGUGUCUCUAGUCCCCAACACAACACCGCAAGAUGAAGCUGACUGCUUCUCUUGGAAUCCAGAGCGACGGCUGGUCCAGUCGCUCGGUGUUGCCAUCUAUCGUGCCCUGGACUGGGGGCUGAAUGACAGUGAGGAGCGGGAGCUAAACCCGCAACUUGAGUGCCUUAUAGAAGGCAUGGCAGGAGGAGACGGUGACAGAGAUUUGGAUUGCUACCCUGGGAACUCAACAUCUGAUGAGGGGUAUAGUGGCCAGGAAGAGGAGGAUGAAGAUAACUCUGGCUUCAGGCUGGUAUCUACCUUCCGCCAAGUCAUGAUGAUUUGUGCGUCUCGGCUGGUCGACCCCACCUUGGCUGCAGAUCACUACCAGGCGGUAUGCAGAGCUCUGUUUGUAGAGACGUUGGAGCUGCAGACCUUCCUCGCCAAGAUCAAAGAUGCUAAAGAGAUGCUGAAGAAGAUCACCAAGGAGGAAACUGUGGAAGAAAGUGAGCUGGACAGCCUGAAACACAAAGACUGGGCUCGUUUGUGGGUCCAGCUAAUGAAGGAGCUCAGGCAGGGAGUGAAGCUGAAGAAGGUCCACGAACAACCUUUCAACCCGCUGCCCACCGAGUUCAGCCUCACACCCUUUGAGAUGCUGAUGCAGGAUAUACGAGCAUGCAACUUUCAGCUGCGCAAAGUCAUGUUGGAUGGUGACAUUCCGACCAGAAUUAAGAGAAACGCUCAUGAAGUCAUUCUGGAUUUCAUCAGAUCAAGACCACCAUUAAAACCAGUUGCGGAACGUAGUCUGGCACCUCCUCCACCACAACAACAGUCUCUGCAUGAGCAGGUCCUGGCUGAGAUCAAGCAGGAGCGAAAGCUCCGGCCUGUCGUCCUGCCCAGAUCACGACCAUUCGGAUCUAUGCCUUGCUUGGCUCAGACGUGUCCUUGUAGUUCCAAGUCCACUUCCUGUAUAGACCUGUCCAUCUCGGAGACCGGGUCUCGGUCCCAGGUGCCAUCUCGCCCUCGCAUCCUUCUCAAAGCCCCAACUCUAGCGGAGAUGGAGGAGAUGAACGUGUCUGAGGAAGAAGAGUCUCCUGACACAUCUGAGCUGAGGAGGACAGAGAGCUCGCCGACGCCGCUCAAGAGAGAUCGCUCGUUUUCCGAACACGACCUGGCUUUACUGCGUAGCGAGAUUCUUCCCUCGCUCUCGGAAUCCGGCCAUUUUGGCGACACGGUCGCACUGAAUGGCGGAAGGCCACGGUCGAGAACGCUGACGGGACCCGAGCUGCCUCCGAAACAGAGAGCAUUCUUCCCACUUGAUGACUCCAUGUCCAGCUCUCCUGCUCGCUUGUCUCUGAGCUCUGUUGAUGAGGCCUCAGAAGGAUAUGAAAAGAUGCUUAAAUGCAGAUCGGACAAGCAUCAGUGGAUGGAGGAGUUCAGCCACCCAGUGGAGAGUCUGGCCUUGACUGUUGAAGAGGUCAUCAACGUGCGCCGAGUUUUGGUCAAAGCGGAAAUGGAAAAAUUUCUUCAGACCAAGGAACUCUACAAUAACCUGAAAAAAGGCAAGGUUUGCUGUUGCUGCAGAGUCAAGUUUCCUCUUUUCUCUUGGCCAUCUUCCUGCUUGCUGUGCAAAAGACCAGCGUGUGCUGCUUGCAGUGCAAAGAUGAAGAUUCCCUGCAAGAAGAUGGCACAUAUUCCUGUGUACACUGUGGGUUUCCACAGCGCUCCGAAGAACCAUCAACACAGAAGCAAAGUUUAUAAAUCUCUGUGCAAUCUGUCUCGCUGCUCCGUGGAGGAGGAGUUCCCCCACCUGUACGCUAAUGGAUGCACUCUCCGUGAUGUUUGUGCUGACUGCACUAAAUUUGUGGCUGAUGUCAUUUCGUCCAGCCGUCGAAGCCUGGACCUUCUCAACAACACCCCUAAAAGGGAGGCCAAGACUCUUCAAGGACUGUCGAUCCCACCGACUGUAUUUGUUGAUCAACUGCAUCGUACCUGCACAUACAGCAUACUGUACAUCCAUGAGCAGACCGUUUAUUUGCUGAGGUGGAGGUGAGUGACUGCUAUGCAGCAUGGAAACAAGCUAAGCAGCAUGGUGGCUCGCGCCAUGCAGGUUGCCUUAUCAUAUUGACAAUGUAAAAUAUAGUGAAAGCCAGUUGAAUAUGUGCUCAUACACACCAGAUAUAUUUUUCAUCAAUGGAUGUAACUACUAGGGCUAAUCCUAAACACUGCCCCUGACCCUACAGACUUUAACCUCGCACUGUAACCUUUGUAAUCCCUAAACUGCAAACCCCUUCACCCUGCUCAUCUUAAUCCCCAGUCCUACGAACCUAAACCCCCAACCCUACAAACCUUAACUCAAAACCGUAACCCUUCUUACUGUAAACUAGGGGUGUCCAAAUUACUGACCGUGGGCUAAGUGCGGUCCGCCGGCCUAUUCAAUUUGGUCCAAGCCGUCAUAAAUUCAACGAAACAUUGAUAAACUUUCAAAUUAACAUCAGGCGAUUUCUGAAUGCUACAUAUUUGCUUCCAUCUUGUGGACAAUGUGAGUAACCCUCUACCCCUCAACUUUAAACCCGACCCUCUCAGCCUAUAACUCUUAACCUCUGAAGGCCGACACCCAGCCGUAACCAACUAACCCUUACUGCGGACUUUUCAUCCGGCUGAAGAAGAUUUCCAGCUUGACUUUGACAGUCAGUCGCUAUGCAGGGAAUGAAAGGGUUGGAUCUUGGUGAUGUGUAGCAACAAUAAUUUUUUAAUUUGUCACUUCCAUGCUCGCCCUUGUGUCUGCUAAUGAAGCAUUACCGCAAUAAAGUACCAAAACACUUAG